AUGACUUCCAAACUUGAUUAUGUGGUUUGUUCCAUUGAGGAAUCUAAAGAUAUAGAUACUUUAACCAUUGAUGAAUUGCAAAGUAGCCUACUUGUUCAUGAACAACGCAUGCGUUCUCACAUCAAUGAGGAACAUGCCUUGAAAUUGACAAAUGGAGAUCAGUCAGGAGGAAGGGGUCGAGGUCGUGGAAGUUUCAGAGGAAGGGGACGUGGAAGAGGUCGGCAGAACUUCGAGAAAGCCAUAGUAGAAUGCUACAAUUGUCCCAAAUUUGGGCUCAAUGACAAUGUGCAAGAGGAAGAAUGUUGGUAUAUUGAUUUUGGCUGUAGCAAUCAUAUGGGUGGAGUAAAGCAAUAUUUUUCAGAUUUAAAUGAAAACUUCAUAGAUUCAGUAAAACUCAGCAACAACACAAGCUUGGUUGUACUAGGAAAGGGCAACAUAAGGCUGCAAGUGAAUGGAACCAUGCAUAUUAUUACAGAAGUGUUCUAUGUUAUAGAAUUGACAAACAACUUGUUGAGCAUUGGACAAUUGCAAAAACGGGGACUUGCUGUUACAUUUCAAUAUGGAAGGUGUAACGCAUUCCAUCAUGAGAAGGGUUUAAUCAUAGAUACAAAGAUGUCUGAGAAUCGAAUGUUCAUACUUCAAGCAACAUUUCAACCUCUGCCGUCAGUGUGCUUCAACUCAAUCACUGAGGACAAAGUGCAGCUUUGGCAUGGUAGAUAUAGGCACCUGAUAACUCUCUAA